UCGACUCCCAGCCCUAGGGAACAGGUCUUCUGCUGAUUUUGCUCGUUCCUGAAGAAACAGUUGUGAUCAUUGCUGGGACGUGAGAGUGAAGUUGCUGCCAUGACUGACGUUCUGGAGUUCAGUGACAUUUAUCAGGAGGUCAAGGGUUCCUGGAAUGAUGGGCGUCUGAGGUUCAGUAAGCAGAUGGUGGUGUAUAAAAGCAGUAAGACAGGCAAAGUGGACAGUAUCCCUGUCCCAGAGCUCAGUCAUGCCCAGUGGAGGAGAGUCUGCCUGGGUCACGGCAUCAAACUCUCUACCAGCACCGGACACGUGUACAAAUACGAUGGCUUCAAAGAUACUGACUUUGAAAAAGUCUCUGAGUAUUUCAGAGAGAAUUACAGUGUGGAGCUGAUUGAAAAAGACAUGUGUGUGAAAGGCUGGAACUGGGGCACUGCUCACUUCAAUGGCCCAUUGCUGUCUUUUGAAGUGAGUGACACUCCUGUGUUUGAGAUCCCACUCUCCAGUGUAUCCCAGUGUACCACUGGAAAAAAUGAAGUCACUCUAGAGUUUCAUCAGAACGAUGACACAGAAGUGUCACUCAUGGAGGUGCGUUUUUACGUCCCGCCCACUACAGGAGAUGAGGGGGCAGACCCUGUAGAGGCGUUUGCCCAGAAUGUUCUUUCCAAGGCAGAUGUGAUUCAGGCUACAGGAGACGCCGUGUGUAUUUUCAGAGAGCUGCAGUGUCUCACUCCCAGGGGAAGGUAUGAUAUUCGUAUCUACCCCACCUUCCUGCAUCUGCACGGUAAGACGUUUGACUACAAGAUCCCCUACACCACAGUGCUGCGCCUCUUCCUGCUCCCCCACAAAGACCAGAGACAGAUGUUUUUUGUGAUCAGUCUGGAUCCGCCCAUUAAACAGGGCCAAACCCGCUACCACUUCCUCAUCCUGCUCUUUUCCAAGGACGAAGACAUCAACCUCACCCUCAACAUGAGCGAGGAAGAGGUAGAGAGGCGGUUUGAGGGAAAGCUGACUAAGAACAUGUCUGGCUCUCUAUACGAGAUGGUCAGCAGGGUGAUGAAGGCUCUCGUCAACAGGAAGAUCACAGUGCCUGGAAACUUCCAAGGGCACUCUGGGGCUCAGUGCAUCACGUGCUCCUAUAAGGCCAGCUCAGGGCUGCUGUAUCCUCUGGAAAGAGGCUUCAUCUACGUUCACAAGCCCCCGGUGCACCUGCGCUUUGAGGAGAUUGCUUGUGUAAACUUUGCCAGAGGCACCACAACCACACGCUCCUUUGACUUUGAAAUUGAGACCAAACAAGGCAACCAGUACACCUUCAGCAGUAUUGAGAGAGAAGAGUAUGGAAAGUUGUUUGAUUUUGUCAAUGCUAAGAAACUGAGCAUCAAGAACAGAGGCUUCAAAGAGGGUAUGAAGGUCAGAGAGGAUAUGUACAGUGACUCAGAUGACGAUCAGCAUGAUGCUUAUCUGGAGCGCAUGAAGCAGGAAGGGAAGAUCCGUGAGGAGGCCAACGACAGUGAUGACUCAGAGGCUGGCAGCGAUGAAUCAUUUAACCCUGGAGAUGAAGAUGAUGAUGUUGCAGAAGAGUACGACAGUAAAGCCUCAGCCAGUGAAAGUAGUGAUGAAGAUGCAAACAGUGAAGAAGACAAAAAGAAGAAACCAGUCAAGAAGGCCAAAUCUGUGAAGGAGGGAAAACACAAAAGAGAGAAGAAGAUGAAAGACAGCAGCGCCCCCAAGAGGCCAAUGAGUGCCUAUAUGCUGUGGCUGAACUCCAGCAGAGAUCGCAUUAAAGCAGAAAACCCUGGAAUCUCAGUCACUGAGAUUUUAAAGAAGGCCGGAGAGAUGUGGAAGCAACUGAGCAAAGAAAAGAAAGAGGAGUGGGAAGGGAAAGCCGAGGAAGCAAAGAAAGAAUACGAGCAAGCGAUGAAAGAGUACAGAGAAAGUAGUGGAGGCACCUCAAAAAAGGCAAAAAAGAAGGGAGGAAGGAAUGAGGAGAGGAAGAAAAACAAGUUAGUUGGAGGAAAGGAGAGACAGAGGAACAAGGCAGCUGGGAAUGACAGCUUUAAGAGUCCAGAGUUCAUCUCCAGUGAUGAGAGUUCAUCCGAGUCCAACCGGGGCAAAGGUCGCAAGCGCAAAGGCUCGGAUGAUGAUGAGAAACAAGCGGCCAGCACUCCCGCCUCAGACGAGUCCGGGUCAGACUGAAACACUAGUGGCAAAACAGAGCAUGAAGAAAAGAGAGAGGAUAAUGGAGUCAUCCUGUCCCUGUCCCUGCCCCUGAAGAAUCCCUGUCUCCUAUAUGUUGUCUCUUUCAUAUUCUCUCUUCAUGUUCUAUUUUAUCAGGUUCAGUAUGUAUUCUAUAGAACACAAGCGAAUGAGUAUUAGUGGUUAAACUGCUUCACUUGUUAGAAUCUCUAGCAUGUAGCAUAUGUUGUGUGAACACAGUGGGGUCCAAAAGUCUGAGACCACAUUGAAAAUCUGGGAUUUGUUUUUAAAUUGAAAACUGGAAAUGAACAGAAAGUCUUAGAAUUCUGACUAUUCAGUAUUCAAGAUGUUAUACAAGUCCAAGGUCACUAUUUAAAUUUACGUAAGCAAAUUAUGAUAUUGCAUGUUAAGGAUGGCACAGUGUUGUAGUGGUUAGCACUGUCGCAUCACUGAAAGAAGGUUCUCAGUUCGAGCCCAGUGGCCGGCGAGGGCGUUUCUGUGUGGAGUUUGCAUGUUCUCCUCGUAGCUGUGUUGGUUUCCUCUCUCCGGGUGCUCUGGUUUCCCCCACAGUCCAAAGACAUGCAGUUAGGUUCAGGCUUACUCACAACCCGCUGUACGUGCUACUACGGCCGGUCUACAGUAAAAAAUUUGGCAAAACCGUGCUUGAGACUUGCGCAACACUUGCGUGUGUUCAGCACCAUAGAAGUGCCUGUGAAGACUUUUGGCCCUGCACAUGCAAAUUCUACGGGUCUUGUGAAAAAUCAAGAAUGCAUACACUACAUACGGGACCUGUAGUCCUUUUGUACGCCUGAACCAAGUCAGCAGCACGGCUCGUAGGGGCUUUGCGAUGACAGUAAGAUGCACGAGUGAUGCACGGUCAUUGUACGAGUGACGUGCCUCAGAAGUAUUACACAAGUACUCCACACUUGCUAUUUGUGCGGCCCCCAAGACAGAAGUACAUCUCACUUUCUACCCCUAUGUGUGGCGUGCACGCAGCGCACGCGACCCACACGCGACAUGAGGGGCAAGACUCUGGGUAUAUACAGUGCUCAGCGUAAAUGAGUAC